AUGGCUACCGAAUUAACCGUUCAAUCUGAAAGAGCUUUCCAAAAGCAACCACACAUCUUCACUAACCCAAAGGCCAAGGCCAACAGAAAGACCAAGAGAUGGUACAAGGAUGUUGGUUUAGGUUUCAAGACCCCAAAGGCCGCCAUUGAAGGUUCUUAUAUUGACAAGAAGUGUCCAUUUGUCGGUACUGUUUCUAUCAGAGGUAAGAUCUUAACCGGUACUGUUGUUUCCACCAAGAUGCACAGAACUAUCAUCAUUAGAAGAGAUUACUUACAUUAUGUUCCAAAAUAUAACAGAUAUGAAAAGAGACACAAGAAUGUUGCUGCUCACAUCUCCCCAGCUUUCCGUGUUUCUGAAGGUGAUGUUGUUACUGUUGGUCAAUGUAGACCAAUCUCUAAGACUGUUAGAUUCAACGUCUUAAAGGUUGCUGCUGCCGCUUCUAAAUCUAAGAAGUUCUCCAAAUUCUAA